UCGACAGUGGCAGAGAUAGACACGCCGAAGAGCCCAUGUGAUGCGAUAUACAUAAUUAUACAAAAGCGUAGUGCCGAUCACGAGAAAAGUGAAAUUAAGUUUUUCCUUUUCCAUACCAACCAUUGUGUAUCAGUAAUUUAGUCUAGAACAGAUAAUCAGGCAUCACAGAAGGGGCAAAUCAACAGUGUCAUCGUCACAACGUCAGUAAAGCAGUCUAAAUCAUGCGGCAUACAUUUCCCGUGCUUGUUCUAACAGCCAGCGCAUUAGUUACUCUAAGCCAUGGGGCGAAAAUCCUGGCCGUUUUCUCGAUGGGUGCUCACAGUCAUUUUACCCUGGGGUUCCGGCUGGCCAAAGAACUGGCAGACAGAGGUCACGAGGUGACACUCAUCAAUGCUUAUCCGCAAAAGAAGCCCAUUAAAAACUUGAGGGAGAUCUCAGUCGCCGAAAUUAAGGGAGAUUUGGAAGAGAAAAAGAAACAACUUUACGAAAUGGGCACGAUGUCGUACAUCGGACAGUUGAAAUGGGUAUCCGAUUUCGGUGCUUCUUACACCGAGAGCGUUUUGAAGGUUAAGGAAGUCCAAACGCUUCUCCAAUCCAAUGAACAAUUCGACCUUGUGCUAAUAGAGCACUUCAUGAACGAAGCCAUGGCGAUAUUCCAGCACAAAUUCAAAUGUCCUUCAGUUAUUCUGGCGCCUGGUCCUCCAACGGUCUUCAACAACCACCUCUUCGCCAAUCCCUCCCAACCUACAUACGUUCCCAACUUACUAGCAGACUUCGGGUCAGACAUGACAUUUUGGGAAAGAAUACUCAACGUCUACUAUGACAUUGUGGGAGAACUAUACGUUCAGCUCGUAAGUAUACCAAACCAAAAUGAUAUUUUACAAAGGACUGUACCUGGAGCGCCUUAUCUUAGAGAUAUCCUGUACAACGCCAGUUUCCUUCUCCUUACCUCUCACGUAAGCGUAAGGGACCCUUCCCCGCUUCAACCUAACAUGAAGGAAAUAGCAGGUUACCAUUUGUUACCCCCUACACCUCUACCCAAAGAUAUUCAGGAAUUUUUGGACAGCGCUAAGGAUGGAGCCAUAGUUUUCUCUAUGGGAUCUAAUCUGAAGAGCGCUGACUUUACCCAGGCGAAAAAACAGGCCGUUCUUAAAGUAUUUUCCAAAAUGAAGCAGAAGGUGUUGUGGAAAUUUGAAACAGAGUUACCCGGCAAGCCCGACAACGUAAUGAUAUUGAAUUGGUUGCCUCAGCAAGAUGCUCUAGCUCAUCCAAACGUCGUGGCCUUCAUCACCCAUGUGGGAUUACUAGGAAAAAUAGAAGCAAUCUAUCAUGGUGUUCCUGUUUUGGGACUGCCAGUUUACUGGGACCAAAACAAGAAUAUUAAUGACGCUGUUCGUCACGGUUUCGCACUUAGCAUCCCUUUCACGCAACUCACGGAAGAGAAGUUCGAAUGGGCUUUGAAAGAGUUGAUAAACAAUCCAAAGUACAGAGACAACGCGAAAAUGCGUUCAAGGGUAAUGCAUGACCUACCUGUGAAGCAACUCGAUGAGGCGAUGUUUUGGAUCGAAUACGUCAUCAGACAUAAAGGGGCGCCACACUACAGGUCACCCGCGCUGAAUUUGAAGUGGUACCAGAGGCUACUGCUGGAUGUAAUACUCACAAUAGCUGUUGUUUUAUUUGCGAUAGUAGCAAUUAUUUCUUGUUUAGUAAAAAGUGUCUUUAGAAAUUUAGACAAAAAUGUCAAAAAAAAUAAACGAGAAUGACUUGUGGUUAAUAUAAAACUAGGAAAUUUGUAAAUGAAAUACACAGAGACUGAUGUGUAGUUAUUGCCUUCAAUGAUGAAUUCAAGUUUUAGUAAAAUUUUUAUAAAUU